AUGAUUUUCAGCGGAUUUCGGGAGGUGUAGUUUGGCUGGCUCCUUGCAUGCCACAUGCAUCUUAGGCUAGCGCUUGCAUCGUUCCAGGUCCCUGUACACGGGUAAGCCAAAGAUUAAAAGCACGGAGGAAGCCAUGUCCACGAGAACGGCGGCUGACAAGUAUCUUCUGCCGCACCUGGCCCUCGCCUGCUCGGAGUACAUAAGGGGUCACGUGACUGCCGACGACGUGUGUCACGUCAUCGCCUACACUUUGCUGACCGGCGGCGAUGACGUCGACGGCGCCGUGGGGCGUCUUCUCGAAGAGCGUCCCGAGGCCGUCUUGGCGUCGGACGCUUUCACCGACUGCUUGGAACAGACGGUGCACUACGUUCUUGACAAGGUGACCAACGUGCCGGAAAUGUACGUGAUCCUCGCGGUACACCGAUGGGCGCAGUCAUUCUGCCAGAAAAUAGCUACAACAGACGACAAGCCCGUCGACCUCAAGACAGCCAUGGCUCCGUUCCUGCCCAAAUUGCGGUUCCUGGCGCUGUCGCCGGAGGAGUUCGUCACCUUCAACGCUUCCGACGACACGCGAGGCGUGCUGGACAAGGACGACGCCUUCGCGAUCAUGAGUCUCUUCUUAUGCAACAAGUCCAUCGAGAUGCCGUCGUGGGCUUGCCCGGAGAGACAGCCGCGCUGUUCGACCCCUAAAAAGGAGUAGCUAUAGCUGCUUUGGACUUUGCGCCUGCUGAAGAGUCGAAACGUUGUGGCUGCCUCGUUUCAAUCGGCCCCUAUACUGUAGCCACCUCGUGCAGUCCACAUAACGACCACAAGCUUUGGCGCACUGUGCUGUCAGUAGGGGAUACCGCAGCGUUUUUUUUUUCUCUUUGUGUUGUAACCUUUGAAAGGUUGCACUAUACUUGGUUUCUUUCCUCUCCCUCCCCCUCUCUCUCUCGUUAACACAGCAAGAGAAGGCCAGAACAAAAAGGAGGACUUGCCACGAAUGUUGUCUCAGUAUCUUUUACUUACGUCACGCGACCUUCAUUAGUAAUGUUAACGGCGUGUGCGAGUCUGCGCAAAAUAUGCCGAAGUUGGUUUUCUCGUAAGUUUGAGGACGUUCUUACCUUAGACUGUCUGUCGUGAUUCGGGGCUUGCGGCUUCUCCCUGCCCCACUCUCCUAGUCCCGGCAUUCUCGCGCUUUCGUGGCCAAAAUGAAUGCUUUCAUUCUAAAAGAUGCACUUUCUAUUCAUCUGUUCUUGCAGCAUACCUUCUACAAAUAGCUUCGAUACCUCUGGGCAUUAUUGAAAUUACUGGACAGUUAGGAUACAAAACCCUCCAUAAGAAGUACGCUGCCAACAAAAAGGUAUUUGAAUGGGGCAGUACUGCAGUGUCCACUCCGCUAGUCGCAUUUGCGUUAGUGCAAACUUCUCUACUAGUUUCUUCUAAUUAGUGUUGGCCAACUGCUUCACACCAUGCUUAUAUCGUUUUUUAUGUGUUGUCACGAGUGUUUUAUAUACACAUAUUUUUUCGAAGGCCACUGCACUUCAAGUUUGCCACAUUUCCGACAGUGCCGGCUUGCACAUAUCAUUUAAUUUUUACGUGCGCUCGUAAGGGUGAAUUCCGCCUUUAACGUGACACGUCAACUGCUGAUGGUUGCAGUCAUAGAUAACUUUCGGUUCGUACGACCACUGGGCCAUCCGCUGUGCGCAGCUGCUUAUGGUGGUCUUGUUCUUUAUAGCAUUUGAACUGUGAUAGUAUCACAAAUACGUGCACAACAUGUGUACAUUACUCAUUUUGUUGUAUUCAGUGUAUCGGUGUAUAUUUUUUUUUCUGUUCUAAUAUGUCAUAACUCUGUAAGACAACUAAUUUAAUGAGUUUCAAGUGUACUUUCAAGUGUAGAAUGAGUUUCAAGAUGUACUCCUCGUCGUUCUGUUACCUGAAUUUCUCAAUAAAGAGUUACGUUCUCGUU